AGUCUCUCCCAACCUUCGAGAACCCUUUUGUGUCUUGUCUUGUAUAUAUAUCACCACUCCAAAACUCCUCUCCAUCCUCGUUUCCAACCUCAACCACUCCACACCCACCUAGCAUUUUUUAAAGUCUCAAACCCAUCACUGUAAAGAAUAUCAACAUAAAGGAGCUAGAGUGGACCAUAAUACAAUAGUUGAGAGACCUCAGAGUGGAAAGAAAGCCAAAGUAAUCCAGAUAUCUGAAAGACAAAGAAUAUGGCAUCGGAUAAGCUGGUAGAAACAGUGAUAGCAGGGAACUAUGUGGAAAUGGAAACUGAAGGGAAGCCCAAGGACGUAAAAUCAAGGUUAUCAAGCUUCUUGUGGCAUGGUGGUUCUGUUUAUGAUGCUUGGUUUAGCUGUGCUUCCAACCAGGUGGCUCAAGUUCUGCUUACGUUGCCAUAUUCAUUUUCCCAGCUGGGAAUGCUCUCUGGCAUACUUUUUCAACUAUUCUACGGUUUGCUGGGUAGCUGGACUGCUUACCUCAUUAGCAUACUCUACGUUGAAUACAGAACAAGAAAAGAGAGAGAAAAAGUUAACUUCCGGAACCAUGUCAUCCAGUGGUUUGAGGUUCUUGAUGGGCUCCUCGGGAAGCAUUGGAGAAACGUGGGUUUGGCCUUUAACUGCACAUUUCUUCUGUUUGGAUCUGUUAUACAACUCAUAGCUUGUGCAAGCAACAUAUAUUACAUUAAUGACAAUCUGGACAAGAGGACUUGGACUUACAUCUUCGGAGCAUGCUGUGCCACCACUGUCUUUAUUCCUUCCUUUCACAACUACAGAAUCUGGUCCUUUUUGGGCCUCCUCAUGACCACUUACACUGCUUGGUACCUCACAGUUGCCUCUCUCCUUCACGGUCAGGUGGACGGAGUUAAGCAUUCGGGUCCGACCAAAUUGGUUCUAUAUUUUACGGGGGCCACAAACAUUCUCUACACAUUCGGGGGACAUGCUGUUACUGUGGAGAUAAUGCACGCUAUGUGGAAGCCUCAGAAGUUCAAAGCCAUAUACUUACUGGCUACCCUGUAUGUGCUGACACUGACGCUUCCAUCGGCAGCAGCAGUGUAUUGGGCAUUUGGAGACAUGCUUCUAAAUCACUCCAAUGCUUUUGCUCUCCUCCCAAGAUCACCCUUCCGAGACAUGGCUGUCAUUUUAAUGCUAAUACACCAGUUUAUAACAUUCGGGUUUGCAUGCACCCCAUUAUACUUCGUGUGGGAGAAGGCAAUAGGGAUGCACGAAUGCAAGAGCCUGUGCAAACGUGCAUUGGUUAGAUUGCCGGUGGUGAUCCCUAUAUGGUUCUUAGCCAUCAUAUUCCCCUUCUUUGGUCCCAUCAACUCCACCGUUGGCUCUCUCCUUGUUAGCUUCACCGUUUACAUCAUCCCCGCCCUUGCUCACAUCUUCACCUUCAAAUCACCCUCUGCCCGACAGAAUGCGGUGGAACAACCUCCCAAAUUUGUUGGAAGAUGGGUGGGAACGUACAUUAUAAACUCAUUUGUGGUGGUGUGGGUAUUAGUGGUUGGCUUUGGAUUUGGUGGGUGGGCCAGUAUGGUUAAUUUCAUUCACCAGAUUGACACAUUUGGACUCUUCACAAAGUGCUACCAAUGUCCCCCACCACCCUUACCACCUAUGCCGUCACAACAGCUCAAUGCCACCGCACCUUCGCCUCUUCACCACCCUCAUCAUGGCCACUGA